AUGAUAUUUCUUGAUGCUAAGAAAACAGAACGCAUUUUUAGAUCGCGGAAGAUCUACGAAAGAGGCACGUUGGACAGGAUGUUAAAAUCAACCAUUGCUAUUAUCUUCUUCUGUUUUUGUCGCACAGAAACAUUAUACCUGUCAUUCAAAAAGCCUGUAUCAUCAUCAUCAACUCAUGGACAGUUUUAUGCUAAAGCAGUUACCGAUGGGGAUGAUCGUUCAAUCAUGGCUGCAAAUUGUUUUCACUCAUUGAAUGGUUAUCAACACGGAUCCUUUCAACAAUGGCUUAAGAUAGACCUAGAAAAUGAAUAUCGGGUAACACGUGUUACAAUAGUAAACCGCGUUCAAGCAGGUUGUGAUUGUCAUUUGCGACUUAUCAGUGCUGCCAUUGCCAUUGGUUCAGGUGGUGACAUCAGAAAUUUUAAUAAAUGUGGAGAAUCAGUAACUCUCGCCCAAGUAAAGUUCAAUACAUUUUUUGACGUAAGAUGUCAACAGCCAAUGAGUGGCCGCUACGUCACUGUAUGGUUUCCCAGCGGUAGCGCCGAGCCUUUAAACAUUUGUGAAGUCAGGGUCUACAACGAAUUUGAACCAGACAUAUGUGGAUUUGACACCAAAGUUUAUCCUGUUGGAUUCUGGGAUCUAAGCCUGGACACUUUAUUGCAGCAGACUGGGGCUACAAAGCCAUUAAAUCAAAUCAUAACAUUGGAAAAAAUCAACUUCAGCGCUUUUCACGCUUUUACUGUGGCUUUCUACAUAUACCCCUUUCACAAUUCAAUUGGCGAUAUCAUUUCAAUCGGCGAUACAGAUUCUCUACGACUAACGCAAACAUUCGGGCGCCUCUAUAACUCCGAAGUAACCGUAUUGUAUGAUGAUAAUCAGCUAACCAGAGCCCAUGUUUUAAUGCCUGAUACCUGGACAUUCCUUACCCUAACGUUUAAUGGCACAAUCACACUUUGGAGAAAUGGUGAAAUUGUGAUCUUCUGCCAUACCAACUUAACACCGCUGGAUUUCAAUGCACAUCAACUACAGAUCGGGAGUCCCAGUGGCCAGCUGUUUGCCGAAGUAGCCGCGCUCCAGUUGUAUGACCGUGCACUUAACGAAGCAGAAAUAAAAUUGGCGAUGGCUCAACAACCAUCAUUUUUCACAAACAAAGGUGCAUUAUUCGAAAUGUUGGAUCCACUGGAAGGUAUUGCGGGACAGAUACUUCAGAAAGGCGUUACCAGAACACGUGCCGACUGUUCUCAAACGUGUUUAAGAUCUCUUUGCCUGUCUCUUAUACACAUCUAG